CGCAGUGGAAGACCUGAGCAGUUUCUAGGUAACCGAGAUCUGCCUUGGUCCCCGGAUGUAGCCAGGCGAAGAUUCCUGUCUUCACACAACUCCAGGGUUGGUCAGGUUGAGAGGCAGUUGUGAAUGAAGUGGUUAGGACAGAGGACCAGGGUUGUUGGUUAGGAGUCCCAGGAACACCUCAGAUAGAAUUAAAGACCUUGUCACCAUGAAGAAACUCUUCAGCUUCUGGGGAAAGGGGAAGACCGACGAUUCCCACAGCCGCUCCUCAGAACUGUCCAUGAGCAUGGCCAGUACUGACCCCAGCCUGUCCACGAGUGGGGGACAUCACCUUCAAGAUAAGCCCUUAAAGAAACUUCACAAAGCUGCUUCAGUUGGCAAUGUGCAAAAGUUCAAGAAAUACCUUGAACGCAAGAAGCAUGAUGUGAAUGGGCGGGACAAAAAAAGCAGGACACCUUUGCAUUUGGCCUGUGCUAAUGGAUAUAUAGAUAUUGUGUAUCUCUUAAUUGAGAAUCAAUGCAAAAUUAAUGUCCAGGAUAACGAAAACAAAACCCCAUUGAUCAAGGCAGUACAGUGUCAACAGGAGAAUUGUGCUAUGGUUCUUCUACAGCAUGGUGCAGACCCAAAUCUGAUGGAUUUUAAUAGUAAUACUGCCCUCCAUUAUGCUGUUUGUGGUCAAAAUAUCUCACUAGCCAAUGAAUUGCUUGAAUACAAAGCCAAUCUUGAAGCUAAAAAUAAGGAUGGCUACACUCCACUUUUACUUGCCGUUGCUGAAAAAAAUGUAAAUAUGGUAAAAUUUCUUGUGAAGAAAGGAGCAGAUGUUAAUGCAUCAGAUAACAACCACAGAACAGCCAUUAUGAUUGCUCUUACUGUUGAACCAACGAAUUCCGUAAAACUUCUUCUUCAACAAGAUACGAACUUAUCCUGCAGAGAUAUUUAUGGAUUUACAGCAGAGGAAUAUGCUUCUUUUAAUGGCUUUACUAUGUAUCAUCAGAUAAUUGCCAAAAAUGGAAACAAGAAGAAAACCAAGUCAACAGCUGACUGACUAAGCAGUUUUUCUUGUUACUUUAUAUUUGCUUUCAAGAAAGGAAACAGCGUUUUCUUUUCAGUGUAAUAAUUAACUAUGGAAUAAAAGUUUUCCUCAGUUUUGAAAUAAAAAAUCGUUUUGAAGACUU